AUGAAGUUGUCACUGGUUUUCUUCGUUCUUCUGGCUUUAAUCGGGUUCACCUUUGCUUCCAAAUGCGAUUCCUGUAAGGCAUCGGUCAAGGAUAUCAAGGAUGGAAAGGGUCUCGCUUAUAUGGCCAAUUUGACUACCAAGCAAAUCGAGGACUAUGUCACCAAGAAUGUCAACCAAAACUGCACCGGCUCCGACUGCGCAAAGCUCAUCAGGAGCCUCAUUGAGAUCGCUGACCAACUCGACGAUGACUUGGAUGCCACUCCAGAGGAGCUCUGUAAAUUUGUUUACUUCUGCUAA